AAUACUUGUUUUUAAGACGAAAAAAUACGCAUAUAUUUAAGAUAAAAGUCGUACUUCACAGUGAUUUUUAUUUGGCGGAAAUAUAUUAUACUACAGUUUAAAACGUUUACAUUUUAUGAGUUAAAACCAGGUAUAAAAACGAUCUACUUUACUUUGAAGCAUUUUUUCCGAGCUUGUGGAGAGCUCCUGAAAGCAUCACAAAUGUGGUCCAAUGGCUUAAUCUCUCUCUCCAUCCCUCCCUCACUCCCUCACUCUCUCACUCACUCUCAGUUUCAACACCCAGCACAGCUCCACAAUUUUCGCUGUUAAACAAUUCAGGAAAACAAGGUGAAUUCGUUUUUCCGUUUUAUUUAUUCGUUAUCGCUAAUUAUUGGAAGUAUUGGAAAAAACAGAAAUGUUUUUUUCGAGUGUAUUCGGACGGACGUCGACGUUAGGUUUGCCUCUCAACACCACUGCUGUGCUCAGGUGCAGUCUAUGAAGACCACUUUCUUCAAUUUCUCCGACAUCAGUUUUUUUGUUGUUGUCACAGUUAUGGCUCCAGCUUUGACCAAAAUAGUGAGAGAAGGUCAAAGCCUUCUUCUUGCCUCACCUCCUCCUUUUGGAGGUGUUGACUCAGAAGGUAGAGCUGUGUCUAGCACUAAGCUGGAGCCUGACAUCAUAUCUACAGGGGACAAUGGCCAACUGAUGAUGAUGGGCUUGAAUAGUUCCUCCUUUUCCUCUUUGGAAUCCUUUUCACCUUUAAAUUUCUUGAACCCUACCCCUGCCAACCCUUCGCCUUCCUCACAUCAGAAAAAAUCUGUCAGCCAGGUGUUCCUCCUCAGCCCCCUCAGUGUCCCGUUCUCCAGUGAAAACCAGAGAGGUUCUCAACAGGAGGUUGCCUUUUCACCAGGUGCACAUGACACGUUCUCAGGCACCGUCCUUCAGCACAAUAGCCAGGAAGCUCGUUUCCCUGAGGGCCUCGGUUCUUCACAGAAACGCUGGCCAGAUGGAGUUGAUGUACAUUCACCUUCAGAUUCCGUUGAGAAAAUUAAGUUCUGUGAUUAUAGUCAAGCUGUUGCAUCUCCAGAGAAGACAGUGUUACAAGAUGACGGAACCAGAUUGCGCUGUCCUCCUCCAGCGUCAGUACAUAUCUGCAGUGACAGGUGGAAUUCUCAGCAGCUGCCAGGGAAAUCUGUGCCGAAGGAGGAAGUCGUAAGAGAGCAGGAAGGAAGACGCAGUCGAGGUCAGAGAUUGGUGACUCCAAACAACACAUCGUAUCCUUCUUCACGUUUGUGCGUCCAGGGCUAUGACACCACAGCCAGCAGCAGCUCUGACUAUGAACAGGUGGAGGAGUUGGAUGGGGAUGGAGGUCAGCGCGAGACCACCACUGUGUCUGACGUCAGCGUUUCCAGCGGUGGCAUCAGCAGGAGCAUCAGCAGCAGCAGCUGUGAGCAGCAGUGGCUGGAGGAGAGGGCAGAGUUGGGUAGCAGGUGGAGCUGGCUGCAGCAGCGUUUGUCCAACCUAGAGAGGUGGAUACGACGAGUGGAGGAGCUCCGUAAGCAACUCCGCUCUGUCAAAGGUCGUGUGGUGUUUGCGCCCCCUCAGGAUUUGUCAGAGCGGCACAGUGAUGCUGAAUCCUGCAGCCCCACACGCAUGCUUCACAACAUGGAGAAGCAGAGUCUCCUGGUGUCAAGUCUGAUUCCUCCACUGGGGUUUUCACCGCCAUCUGAACACACACAGACCUGUAGAGUGAGGGAAAGUAUUAUAAGUGGUCUGAAAGGCAGCGACACAUUCGUGCCUGGAGGCACGAAGAGGAGAAAAACAGGGAGCAGGAGGCAGUCGUGGUCUGGCGUGUCAAGAGGUUGUGCCAGAUCCCGACCUUUGCUCUUAUACCACAGACGUAUACUGUUUACUUUCAACACCAGCGGCAGCAGCAGUAGUCACCUGACCUCCUCCUCUGAUCCACUUCGCGUCUCCUGUUGUAACUAUUACUGCAGCUCCAGCUCAUCUCCAUCCUCAAGGAAACAAAGAUUUAAAUCUCACCCUGAUAUCAAAAAGGAAAGACAUCGUAAACCCAGAGAUGUUGUUCUGUCACCAAUGAAGAGUCAUCACAGAAGAGAGAAAAGGAGUCGCAAAAAAAAGCAGCAGCUGCAAGAAAUCCUCACUCCACGGUGGCGACUUGUGUCCACACAGCUGGUGAUGGAGAAGAAGUCAGAUGAUGAGGAAGGUCAGGCUGAAGAUCUCAGUGAUGAAGCCUUUGCCCGGAGGCACUGGGCUCUGGAACAGAGGGAGAAGCUGCGCUGGUCGACCUGGGAUGAGAGAAAAAGCUGCAGGCGUCCUACAAGCCUGAGAGUUCCUGGAAACCAACAGUGUUUCCUUUAGAGGACAAGGAAGAGGAAAGGGAGAA